UUUCCUCCGUACGGUUGUGUCUGUCAGCCAGCUCGUGCCCGAAGAAGGGAACCGUUACGUUUUCUUCGAAGUGUGUGACUCGAACUGCGCCUGUUCGUCGUGCGAGCGUCGGUAGUGGAGGCAACACAGCGCGGCAUUCGAUUGCGACUCCAUCUUCUGUUGUGUCCGGUGGGAAAUUAAGUAAAGGAUAAUGAUUAAAAAAUAGCUUCCGCAUUCAUACAGCAGAGGUAUGCUUUCUUUCUGCCUUUAUUGAAAAUGUUUAUCGUUGCGUGAUUUUGUUUCGUGCGUCUGUCCCUUUGAGCUACCUGGUCGUGAGCGCUUGUUUUGUAAAUUUUGUUUCCUCCUUUAUUUUAAAACCAAACCUCCGGGUAACGUAGCAGUGAAUCAAAAUUUAGCCAAUCAUGAAAUUUACUCCUUUCUUUACAACCUGACCGGACCUGCCAUCGCUUCACAUCGUGAGUGUGUUUCUUUGUGACGUGUGCGUGCUGUCCCGCCGGAAAAACGGAUAAAAAGGAUGUAAAAACGCGCGAAUGGUUGGUUGCGUGAAGGUGGCGGCGAUGAUGAUGGUGAUGAGUGGUGAAGUUGAAAGUAAUCCGAAUCGCUUCAUUUUCCUGCAACAGCCUCCCUUUUGAAGUGUGGCGUAAGCCGACAUCGGCCAAGCUCCCAAGAUGGUGCAGGUGCGGCGGGCGUGCGUUUGAGUCGGAUUGAGAAUCGGGUCGCGCGCUCAAGCGUACGUUUUGUGCGUGCCCGGGUGAACACGGUGCUGCACACGUGUGUGAGUGUGUGAGUAGUGGAACAACGACAGGAAAAAGAGCCAAAUCGAAAGAAAAAAAUCACAAAAAAUAAAUACCCGCAACCCGUAGUGUGUGGUGUAAUUUACGCUGUGACAUACGCACCACGGAACGGUGGUAAAAGAGGUAACCAGCAGGAGCCUUCCGAGUGGAGGCUGUUUUUUUUCUUCGUAAAAUAGAUUGCCAUUUUUAUUGACUUCGACGGGGCCGUUCGUGAGGCAAAGAGGAAACGCGUGAACAACCCGGAGCAAUGUUGUAAAUGGCGAUCGACAGUCCCUACGACGGUCGGACGGCGGAUGUUGACGGUGCAGCAACGCAGCAUCGCUUUUGGAGACCUUCGUACCAGCCAUCGGUGCCGUCCAUCAUCAUUCCAGCCUGCUGUGUAGUGUGACCGUAUCGGAUGCCCUACAAAUAGGGACGGAAAAAAUAAAAGGAACUCCAAGAAGCGGAGCGGUCCGAAACAUUCAUCUCGCACAGUCUCCAGUUGCUCGUUCCAUCGCUCCGAGCCGGGCAGACUGUUGAGCAAGUUCACGAAUAAAUAAUAAUCCAUAAAUCAACAGCCACUGUGCCCUGGACGCCGGUUCGGGUUCGGGCUGCUUUUGUGAGUGAGUGUGCGUGUCGCUGCAAGUGCACUUGCUGUAAGGAAUUGAGAGCAUAUGUGUAGCACUUCCGUUUGAGGUGCAGCCCGAGUGAACAACGGGAGUGUGAAGAAGUCGGUACAAUAGAAAAUACAAGUCCGUGACGUGUUAGUAAGUGGAAACAUGGUACAAUUUUGAAAAGAAAUGGAUACAAUGUGAUGGCGUGGUGAGCGUGUAUUGUACAGCGAAGGGAUUUUGGUUUUUUUUUUUUGACAAAAACACAUUAAGUGAACUGACAUGAGCGUCACAAAUGACGUUUCCUUGUGUGCCAAAGUUGCAAUCUGUGGACUGACAUCAUGGAUGGAGAGAACCGCAUCAUACUCAAUGUAGGAGGCAUCAGGUAUGAGACGUACAAGGCGACGCUGAAGAAGAUCCCAGCCACCCGGCUGUCGCGCCUGACGGAGGCACUGGCGAACUACGAUCCCGUCCUGAACGAGUACUUCUUCGACCGCCAUCCGGGGGUGUUUGCCCAGGUCCUCAACUACUAUCGAACGGGGAAGCUGCACUAUCCGACCGAUGUCUGUGGUCCGCUGUUCGAGGAGGAGCUGGAGUUUUGGGGCCUCGACUCGAACCAGGUCGAACCGUGCUGCUGGUCGACGUACAGUGUACAUCGUGAUACACAGAGCACACUCGCGAUACUGGACAAAUUGGAGCUAGACGAUGAGCAACCGUCCGAGGAGGCGAUCGCGCGGCUGUUCGGGUUCGAGGAGGCACUGCUAAACGGCGAGCUAACCUGCUGGCAGCGCACGAAACCGAAAAUCUGGGCCCUGUUUGAUGAACCGUCGAGCUCGACCGGUGCGAAGAUUGUCGCUGGCAUAUCGGUGUUCUUCAUCUGCAUCUCUGUGAUAUCCUUCUGCCUCAAGACGCACCCGGGGCUGCGGGUGGAAAUACCGGCCAUCCUUAACAUCACGACCAACGGCAGUGCCAGCGUGCUGCCGGACGGACUGCCCACCACGCUGGACGAGCUGCUGGACCAUGGCCGGCUGGACGAGCUGCUGCUUGACUAUGGUGCGCCCACCGGUACCGGUACCGGCUCCACCAGCACCACCACGACUACCACCAGUGCCACCACCGAGAGCCAUUCCGCAUCACCGACCCGGCCGGAAACGACCACCCAGCGCACCGGACGCAUCGUCUCGAGCGCCUACCGCAUGAACUCGGGCAAGGGGGCAAGCAUCGUGGAGAACUGGCAGGAAACGUACGGUCAGCCGCACGAAGCCUUCUUCUACGUCGAGCUCGUCUGCAACGUGUGGUUCAUCAUCGAGCUGACCGUUCGGUUGGUGGUGGCUCCCAACAUUUUCGAGUUCAUCAAAUCGCCCGUCAACAUCAUCGACCUGGCGGCAACGCUCAGCUUCUACACCGACGUCUGCCAGCGGAUGGGCGAGCAGACGGGGCUGCUGGAAGCGUUCUCGAUCGUGCGUAUCCUGCGGCUGUUCAAGCUGACGCGCCACUCGCCCGGCCUGCGCAUCCUGAUCCACACGUUCAAGGCGUCCGCCCGGGAGCUAACGCUGCUGGUGUUCUUCCUCGUGCUCGGCAUCGUCGUCUUUGCCAGCCUGGUGUACUACGCGGAAAAGCUGCAGGACAACCCGGACAACCAGUUCAAGAGCAUCCCGCUCGGGCUGUGGUGGGCGAUCGUAACGAUGACCACGGUCGGGUACGGCGACAUGGCACCGAAAACGUACGUCGGCAUGUUCGUCGGUGCGCUGUGCGCCCUGGCCGGUGUGCUGACGAUCGCCCUGCCCGUGCCCGUUAUUGUCAGCAAUUUCUCCAUGUUCUACUCGCACACACAGGCCCGCUCGAAGCUGCCCAAGAAGCGUCGCCGUGUGCUGCCGGUCGAGCAGCCGCGCCGGAAGCGGGACAUGGGAGUGGCCAACCGGCGGGUGAACGCGCUGAAACACCAACACACCCAACCGACCCAUCCCGCCAUCUUUAAGGACGCUUUCGGUGGGGCGAAAAUCGGUCACGUGAACGGUGUCAAUGUGAUAGGGCUCACCCUGCAAGGACCCUCCGUGCCGGGGCUGGCCGUGCUGAAGCCACCCGCCGUACUGCAGCAAGGUGAUUUUAUCAACGUCCCUCAGCUCAGCUCCCUGCAGCCCCGCCAACCGACGACCGGAAAUGUGGAUUUAUUGCUACCAUUACAGCCGAAAUUGCUUGUUCCGCUGGUCGAGCGAAGGGAAUCCCGACCGGAGGAAAUGAUCCCACUGGAACCGAAAGUGACGCUCCAGAGCGACCCGAACGGCGGUGCGUCCGGCAACAACACGCCCGGGGAUGAACCUUGAGCCGCUGGUGGAUAGUUUGCUUGCGUCCGAGCGAAGCGGAUCGAAACUUUUGCCUCGGGAGGAGAAAUUCCGCGACGACUCCACAAAGAAGCAAAUGCUUCGAAAUUGAAAAUUGAAAGGAUUUUGAUUAGAUUCGUAAAAGUUGUAAGCUAUUAAUCGAACAGGAUAAGCUGUGGGAGGAAUGUAAAAAGAUGGGUUGAAAUACAAUUAGAAAAAGGAAGGAAAACGGGGAGGAUUAAACGAAUGUAUUUACUACUCAAACGAAGGAACUAAGCAGGGAUAAGAAAUAAAACAAGCACAUGAAAUAAGUUAAAAAUAAAACAUAAAAAACCGUUUGGAGUUUACAGUGCUGCAUUGGUAAAAGAAUAAAUAAAAUGAAAAACACUCGACGCAACACCAUGACAGAAUGAGGUAACUUGAACGCUUAGUGGAAAUUAUUGUGUCCGGGAAAAUGUGACCGUAGAAGCAGCAGCAUCAGCAUUUAUUUUGAAAAAAAAAAGAAGUCGUUUUUGUCAUACAAAAACGGUCCUCCGUCGAUUGUGGUAAUGCUGGUGUACAAAAGCGUGUGUCAGAAGCGUUCAGCAACACUAGGCUUGUGCCAAGCGCAGUAUAAGUAAAUUAGCUAGAACAAUAGUUGUUUAAUUGGAUAACGUUGUUGUGCUCAAAGUUUUAUACGAUAGCGAAUCAUGAUGAUGCAUUAAAAAAGGGGGCAACACGCGCGCAGAAAGGGACACACGACACGGAGUAGAAUCAAAAUGGAAACAGAUUUCAAAAACCCGAAUGCUGGAUGUCAGACAAAAAGGGGGGUGAUAAGGAAGAGGGGAAACAAAUUCGUUGUAUGGCAUCACAAAAGUUUAGCGAACACCUUCAUGUAUGUCUGAAUGUUAUGGCAACAUUAAAUGUACGAAUUGGGAAGUAGUGGAAAAAAAACAGAACAUUAAAACUCUUACCGUCUGUGUCCAAAUGUCCACUACUAUUGAUGGCCAGCCAAGCUUAGAGAUAAAUUGUGGAGUAAAACAACCAACCAAUAUGUUGUAAUCACUGUAUGGCAGUAGAAGCGGAAGCUACCGAGUUGUACACAGGAAAUCAUGAACAUUAACCCAAGCUUUAAUCGCAAAAAAAACAAAACAAAUCCCACGGUGGGAGGUGUGGUUUUAAAAAAAUAAACACACAUUGACGUCGAGUUUAGGAUGGUAAGUGUGUACUCUCGUAUCUGUAUUCCACUACUCUAAUGUUCUGCUGGAAGUCACACACUAAUGUAAUCUUUUGCAAUGUAAGACAACCCGUCAGAGCAACAAUUAUGAACCACAUUAAAUCAAUUUUCUGAUCGGUUUCAAAUCGACAAGCGGACGGAGCUAAUUAGGAGCGAAUGUUGUGAACGUUUGUAUUGGUAUGGUUUAGUGCUUCAUUCCUAUCAACAAAGCUGUCAUUUUAUUUGAGUAAACAAAAAGGUAAGAAAAGAUUAAACAAAUUCAAAAAAACGAUACCAACACUAAAAAGCCAAAUGCAACAGUAAGUGUCAAGAAAUUUAAGCUGUUACGUUUAGUAAACGAAUGAGACCAGAAAUAUAUUUGUGCGUUUUUAAACGAAU